AAGGGGCCAUUAAGCACAUGGCUAAUUUGGCAGCCCCGUCUCUCUCUCCCCUCUCUUCUCUUCUCCUCCCUGCCCUUCCCUUCCCUUUUCUUCUCCUCUCCCCUCCUCACCUCCUUCCUUCCCUGCAAAGCACAACCUGCAUCCCAGGGGCACUGGGCUGAGCCCCUUUGAUCUCGUUGUCGUCGUGUGUUUUGUACGUUGGGAUUGGUCAGUUUGGUGGUGAUGUGGGGUCGCCCCUAACCUCUUUUGUACCAAGGCCCUGCAGUCUUGGAGUCCAGGGCUGGCACCGUGAGAAUGGAGGAGAAAGUGCUCAUAGGAUGGAGCAAGCGAGCCCUAGGCCUGUGUGUCCCUGAGUGGGGAGGGCUCCUGUCUACCCUCCACUCUCAGGUGGCUGCUGGCUGGGCUGGGAACACAGUUCAGCCCAGCCCAGUAGAAGGAGAUAGGCUCUUCUUUGAAGAGCAGGGUGUGCCACCAGCCUGGGUGCAGCAGGCACUGGGGGUGUGUAUGGCUGGAGGGCAGGGGCUACAGAGCUUGAGCCUGUCCCUUUGCGAUGAAAAAGACCAAAUCUCUGGUGGCGAGCUUACGUGAAGGGUGUGUCCUGUGUGUCCUUCGAUGGGUCCCGUGUCACUGUUUACAUGACCUAUUUGUGUGGUUAUAUAGCCCUUUAUUUAAAAGAGAGAAGUUCCUUUUACGAAGUUAUUAAAUUAUAUGUUUAAAAGCUAAAGAAAAAGAGCUGCAGAGUAUUUAUAAAACUGUCUUUUAAAACAAAAAGAACAAGCAAGAACAUUUGAUCAUAUAAUGGAAAAGGGAAGAAAGUAUAUUAGAAACUUUGCUAGUUUAAAAGAAAAAAACAAAAAAAAUUCCUUUCUUGUAAACUUAUGGACAACUCUUUGUGGCUGUUGGAGUUUAGUUUUUAUAUACACAGAGUUAUCAGACGUUAUUUAUAAAACUUAGUUUAAAAAAAAAGACAAAAAAAAGCCAAGCCGUGAGCCGACCAGAGGCCGUCCUCUUUGAUAUCUUUUGCAAUUGUACCGAAAGUGACUUACUCCUCGCCCUUCCUGCUUCCGUCUCUUGCCGGUGCCGUGGUGUUGUCCGUGCCUGGUGAGGUUUUGUGCAGCCGUACAGUGCUGGUGCUUCUGGUGACCUUUGACCUAGACUGGCAGGUGCUUCUUUGGGCGACGCGGUAGGCUGGGCGGAGCUGGCGCGCGCAUGCGCUCCGCGCGCGGUCUGUCCGGCGAGGCGGAAGCGGAAGCACGGGUCUCCCCGGGGAGCGAUGGCAGCCGGGGGUCUGAGCCGCUUGGAGCGUAAGGCGGCGGAGCGGGUCCGGAGGCUGCGGGAGGAGCAGCAGCGGGAGCGCCUCCGUCAGGUGUCGCGCAUCCUGAGGAAGGCGGCGGCGGAGCGCAGCGCCGAGGAGGGCCGGCUGCUGGCCGAAAGCGAGGACCUGGUGACGGAACUGCAGGGUCGGAGCCGGCGGCGCGAGGGUCUGAAGCGGCGGCUGGAGGAGGUGUGCGAUGACCCCGAGGAGCUGCGGAGGAAAGUCCGGGAGCUGGCCGGCGCUGUCCGCAACGCCAAAUACUUGGUCGUCUACACUGGUGCGGGGAUCAGCACGGCAGCCUCUAUCCCAGAUUACCGGGGCCCUAAUGGAGUCUGGACACUGCUUCAGAAAGGGAGAAGUGUCAGUACUGCUGACCUGAGUGAGGCUGAGCCGACCCUCACACACAUGAGCAUUGCCCGUUUGCAUGAGCAGAAGCUGGUGCAGCAUGUGGUGUCUCAGAACUGUGAUGGGCUCCACCUGAGAAGUGGCCUGCCGCGAACAGCCAUCUCGGAGCUCCAUGGGAACAUGUACAUUGAAGUCUGCACCUCCUGUGUCCCUAACAGGGAGUAUGUUCGAGUAUUUGAUGUCACAGAGCGUACCGCCCUCCACAGACACCAGACAGCCCGGGCCUGCCAUAAGUGUGGAAGCCAGCUCCGGGACACCAUUGUGCACUUUGGGGAGAGGGGGAUGUUGGGGCAGCCUCUGAACUGGGAGGCAGCAACCGAGGCUGCCAGCAAAGCAGACACAAUCCUGUGUUUAGGGUCCAGCUUGAAGGUUCUAAAGAAGUAUCCACGCCUCUGGUGCAUGACCAAACCCCCAAGCCGGCGUCCUAAACUCUACAUUGUGAACUUGCAGUGGACCCCGAAGGAUGACUGGGCUGCCCUGAAGCUUCAUGGGAAGUGUGAUGAUGUCAUGCAGCUCCUCAUGGAUGAGCUGGGCCUAGAGAUUCCCCUCUACAGCAGGUGGCAGGAUCCCAUCUUCUCUCUGGCAACUCCCCUGCGUGCUGGUGAAGAAGGCAGCCACAGUCGGAAAUCGCUAUGCAGAAGCAGAGAGGAAGGGCCACCUGGGGACUGUGGUGCCCCACUCAGUUCAGCCCCCAUUCUAGGGGGCUGGUUUGGCCGGGGCUGCACCAAACGCACAAAAAAGAAGAAAGUGACGUAACCUGGUGUUUGACAAAAACAGUUGGCACUUUGCAGAUGGACGGAACUCUUAUUCAGGGGCCAGUGUUGCCAUGCAGGCUUGGUUGCCAGCAAGAUCAUCUCUUUGGGGGUGACAUUUUCACCAUGGCAUGUAGCCAUUUAUCCUUGCACUGCUGUGGUUGUCCCAGAUUCGGCUUCAUCAUCCAGGACACUUGUCCAUGGGCUUCUGCAUAAAAGGAGGGCGGAGCUCGGAUUAUUUUGGACCUGGCCUGCAGAGAGGAAGUUAUGACUGCCUUAUCCCACUGGCCAGGCUAGUCUCAGGGCAUCACCCUAUUUCUGCUACUUCUUACUAAAAACUAUUAACUUCGUAGAAGACUUUUUCUGUACUGGGUAUGCAGCAGAGGGGUGCUUUAAGCAAACCUUUUUAUUCCUAUUAAACAUCUCUGUACCGUC